AUGUAACGUCUGACCAAUCAAUUUGCCUGAAGCACGUGGUGACGUGGAAAAGAAAAUGGAGAAUGAAAAGCUGGUGGAACUUGUUCGCAGUUUCUCUUGCUUGUGGAACGUGCAGAGCAAAGGAUAUAGAGACAUAAUCGCCAAAGAAAACGCCUGGAAAGAGAUAUCAAGUCAAAUGGAAGGUAUGACAGCUGAUGAUUGCAUUAGGAGGUGGAGGAGCUUAAGAGACAAAUUUGUAAGAGAAAACAAAAAGGUUAAAAAAAGGAAGUCUGGAGAAGAAGGACCAUGCUAUGUCUCUAACUGGCCAUUGUACAAUAUCAUGUUAUUUAUAGGAGAUACUGUUAAACACAGAGACACUGUUUCCAACUUGCCAACUCUGGCAGUGUCAAGUCGUUCAACUACGCCCAUUAAUAAUUUGGAGUUACCUGAUCAAGUAGAUGAUGAUUACAAUUUUACGGAUACUGAUGAUAAUGAAUCAGGUGUGAGGGCAGUUAGUAGUGACAAGACAACACCCAUUAAAUUACCCACUAAAAGGAAAAAUAGUGGUCAGAAAAGAGAUGAAGUGGAGGAACUAAUGAUAACUGAAUUGAAAGAGAUUCAGAAGAGAAGGACAGCAAAAGAGCUAACUGAUGACGAAGGAUAUUUUGGUCAACAUGUUGCUGCUACACUACGUAAAUUUAAUGACCGACAGAAAGCAAUUGCCAAACUUCAGAUACAACAGUUGCUUGUCAAUAUAGAGUUCCCAUCUGAUCCUUACCCAAAGUUUCACCAUUAUGAACCUUCAGCUUAUGAGAUAUAA